AAGUUUCUCUAGCCCUUGAAGUAUGGCCUUGAUAGAAAGGCUAACCAAAGGAACCAAUCAAAAACUGAACAAAAUGAAGGUAUUUUAAAGUUGAAGAGAUAUAUUUGAUCAGUAUACACUUUGAAAAUAGCAUCUUGAUUUCAGUCCUUUCAUAUUGCUAUCAACUGUAAAUCAAUUGAAGUCUAUUUCCCCCGGAGAAUCGACAACAGUGGCGCGCUGCGGUAAAGCCAUUUGUAGUCUUUUUGAAACCAGGCAUCGUGGUCCUUUAUGGCGAACGGAUUUUUUUUUACUACAUAUUCCGGUAAAUUCUUAAUCGUUUUUUCUGUUGUACUGACUGACAAGACAGUUGUGCGCUGGGAACCAGGCUAGCGAAUUUUGUUCAUUAUCGUAUAUUCUUCGCAGAAUGGGAAUAUCAGAUGUAACAUUUGACACAGCUGAUUCCCAAUAUCAUGCAGGAUUUUCACAACCAUCAUGUCUCCAAUCCCACUGCUUUAUCAGCUACUCAGUCAACAGAGUGAAGGUCCUGUGGUGGACUUGUCAGCCCAGGGUCUGCAGAAGCUGGAGCCCAGUUUCACCUGCUCUGAUGAAACACACACGCUCAUCCUGGACCGGAACCACAUCAUGAAACUAGACCAUUUGGAGAGAAGCCCAGGCCUCCAACAGCUAUCUGUUGUUGGAAACCGCCUGGUGCGGAUGAUGGGUGUGUGUCGUCUAACCGAGCUGAGAGUUCUGAACCUGCCCAAUAACAGUAUUGGCUAUAUUGAAGGGCUGAGAGACCUACCACACCUGAAGUGGCUCAACCUGUCAGGCAACAACAUCAAGGUCAUUGAGCAGCUCAACAACUGUGUGGCUCUCCAACACUUGGACCUGUCUGAUAACAACAUCUCCAACAUUGGUGAUGUUACCAAGCUGUUAGCCUUAAAGACCCUUCUCCUCCAUGGAAAUAGCAUUACGACGCUGCAGACCGUUCCCGCUCAUUUGCCCAUCCAUCUGUCCAUCCUCUCCCUGGCAGAGAAUGAAAUUAGAGACCUCAAUGAGGUCUCCUACCUGGCACCCCUCCAUGACCUGGAACAGCUCACCAUUAUGACUAACCCCUGUGUCAUGGUAACCCCCUCGUUGCCUGGAUAUGACUACCGGCCAUACAUCAUGAGCUGGUGUCUGAAGCUCAAGAUCCUGGAUGGAUAUGUGGUGUCUCAGAAAGAAGGGUUGAAGGCAGAGUGGCUGUACAGCCAGGGCAAAGGUCGAUUAUACCGGCCAGGUCAGCACGUGCAGCUGGUCCAGUACUUGGCCACCGUGUGCCCUUUGACCUCCACGCCAGCCCUGGAGACCGCGGAGGAUGCCAAGCUGGAGAAGAUCCUCAGCAAGCAGAGGUUCCACCAGAGGCAGCUCCUGCAGCAGACCCAGGGGGGGCUUCCCCAGCCCUCCCCCCUGGCGACGGUGCAGGUGAACACCUGGCUAGGCUGCGACCCCUUCCAGGCGGCCGCACCUCCUCUCCGUGGCCUCAGGGGUGUGGAGGAGCGCCUCUACCUGGAGGACGUCCAGAGCCAGACAGAUGAGGACAAACUCAACGGCAGCCUGCUCUCCUCCGAGUCCACCUUCCUCCUAGUCACCUCUGAACCCCCCCGCUCCGACAGCGAGGAUGAGACAGAGACGUUUGAGCACGACUCGCUGGUGCCCGAACAUCCCAAAAAAAACCUUGCUGAAAAGACCCUACAGGCACCCUUGGGGAGAGGGAGUGAGAGCCAGAAGGAGAGAGAGAGGGAGAUGGAGAGAGAAAGGAUGUCAGGUGACGGCCACCUCACAUGCACCUUAACCUCAACUGCUGGUCUACCUAUGAUGGGAGAUAACCAAUCACAGACCAAUGACAGCGCUCUGCUCCAGGGAGCACACUCAAACUGCAAUGCUGUAGAGGUGAGGGCGGGGUCUAAGCAGGAAGAUAAAGCAGUGGUGAGAUGUGAUAGGCUGGGCCGCUGUGAGACGGACAGGGCAGCCGUCAGGAUCCAGGCAUGGUGGAGGGGAAUGUGGACUCGGCGCUGCAACCCGCUGGCCAAAGAGGUGCGGUGUGAGAUCCGCCUGCGCAGGAUGCAGGAGCACAUAGUCUUCCUUUCUGGAGAGUUUGAGAGAGUGAGGCAGCAGCAUGAAGAGGAGAGGUUGCAGAGACUGGUACAGGAGGAGGCUGUGAGGUUUCUAUGGAGACAGCUUCAGUCCAUGCAGCAGUGGCAGCGUUCUGUAGAGGGGCAGCUGGCCAGCGUGACUCAGGCUGGGUCAUCUCCUGCUCCAGCCCCGACCUCCGGGCUCUGUGACCCCCCAGCUCUUCGACUCCCUCUACCUCUGGCCUCCAGCACUGCAAACCCGGCCUGUGCAGUCCUUUCCUUCCCAGACUCGGGCUUCCAGUCAACAGAUGAACUGCAGGUGGGGCAGGAAGACAAUUUCCUGAGCUUUGGGACGGGCGACUCUCUGGAGACUGUGCGGGCGCUGGUCGUGGGGAGGUCCCUGGCUCCUUGUGGUGGGGGGAACAGUCAGGACUGCAGUCUGCUGGAGCAGUACCUGUCCUCCGUGCAACAGAGAGAGGAGGAGGCAGAGGGGGGUGCCAGCGACAGAACAGGCACACCACAGCCCCCCUCAUCCGCCCUCAUCUGCCGAAACAGCACAGCCUGACUCCCCGCUCAGAACACAGGAGACAAAGACACAGAGCAGCAACACACACUGGAAAGUCCAAUCUGAAGUGCCUGUCCCGCUCCUAGUCUUCUGGGAUUGGCUAAGAGACUACCCAUAAACUCAGUCCAUCUGUGCUGAUGAAUGUUAUUUUUGGCUCUAACAGUGCCUCAUAGAACUUACUGACUAACAUCCAUAUAGCGAGUGGACUCACGAAUACGUUCAUAUAGCCUGGAUGACUUUUCUCAUUUUGACUUUAAAUCUCUUGGACUGCUGCUAGCCUGGAGACCUGACUGUUCCUGCAUUCAAUAAUGCUUUGUUGGUUGCCAUGAUUUGUCAGUCCAAGGACAAUUAGGCUAAUGCUUGAUUUACAUUCGGGAGACAUAGGAACGAUAGUCCCAGCUUCCGACACAUCGGUGAGUUUUUCCGAACACGGCAGACAUGCAAUUUAGACCGGUGCUAAAAAUGUUAAUCCAUGACAUGCCCCAACAUUAAGUGAUAGCACGUCCGGUGACAAGAUUCUCCAGGACAAUCGGAUAGAAAGGCAUCCCACGGUACUCAGUAACCCUUUCCUUGACCUCACUGAAACUAUACAUAACCUUAACCUAAGCCUCUUUUCUAAACCUAACCUUAAUUUAUUUCGACCCCUGUGCCUAAGUUUUUGUUCUGUUGGUUGAAUCUACACUUCCUUUAAGUUUAAGUAUUAAGUCCAUCUACCCUCCAACUUUAGUCAUCUGCAACUUCCCCGUCUGUCAUGCUCAUGCAGUGGUGGAAAAAGUACCCAGUUGUCAUACUGGAGUAAAAGUAGAUACCUUUUUAUAGAAAAUGACUGAAGUGAAAGUCGCCGAGUAAAAUUCUAAUUGAGUAAAAGUCUAUAAGUAUUUGGUUUUAAAUAUACUUAAGUAUCAAAAGUACAAGUAUAAAUAAUUUCAAAUUCCUUAUAUUAAGCAAACCAGACCACAUUUUAUUUUCUCUUUACAGAUAGCCAGGGGCACGCUCCAACACUUAGACAUCCUUUACAAACGAAGCAUGUGUUUUGUGAGUCCGCCAGAUCAGAGGCUGUAGAGAUGACCAGGGAUGUUCUCUUGAUAAGUGUGUGAGUUAGACCAUUUUCCUGUCCUGCUAAGCAUUCAAAAUAUAACGAGUACUUUUGGGUGUCAAGGAAAAUGUAUGGAGUAAAAUGUACAUAACUUUCUUUAGGAAUGCAGUGAAGUAAAGUUGUAAAAAAUAUAAAGAGUAUAGAGGUGUAAAGUACUUAUGUUACCUGUAUUUAUCCCUAUUUAUUUAUCCAUCACAUAAUGGUAUUUGUUAUGUCCUUCCUUAUGUCUUGUUCUCCCUUUCACAGACCACAACCCUCCUAAAGCCAAUUCCAAACCCCUUAACCACCAAAUCCUUAACCUUAAUUACCCAAACUCCAUCAAACCUUCCUUGCUGCCUUUUCUGUAUGAAUAAAUAUCAAAACGGGA